CUAGCAAAGAACGGCAAGCUUGACCCUACCAUCGGUCGCGACGAAGAGAUUCGAAGAACAAUUCAAAUCCUCUCUCGCCGGACGAAGUCCAACCCAGUCCUCAUCGGCCCGCCCGGUGUAGGCAAAACCGCUAUUCUAGAAGGCCUUGCGCAGCGUAUAGUUGCCAAGGAAGUGCCAGAGUCUCUUCAAAACAAGCGCGUUCUGUCACUAGACCUUGCCGCUAUCAUGGCAGGCUCUGGCAUCCGCGGGCAGUUCGAGGAGAAGUUCAAGGCCCUCAUCAAGGAUAUUGAAGACGAAGCGGGAAACGUGAUUUGCUUCAUUGAUGAACUUCACACGCUCUUCAACCUUGGCAAAGCGGAAGGCAGCAUCGACGCUGGACAGAUGAUCAAGCCUGCGCUUGCCCGCGGCCUUCAGCUCGUCGGCGCGACCACGCCGGACGAGUUCCGGAAGACCAUUGGUAAAGACGCCGCGCUCGAGCGUCGAUUCCAGCCCGUGCAGAUCGACGAGCCUACUGUCGAGGCGACGAUUUCUAUCCUUCGUGGUCUCAAGCCCCGCUACGAGGUACACCACGGUGUCGGUAUCUCUGACGGCGCCCUCGUCACAGCCGCGGUAUACAGCUCGCGCUACAUCUCAGACCGCUUCCUCCCCGACAAAGCGAUCGACCUCGUCGACGAAGCCGCCUCCGCCCUCCGCCUCGCCCAAGAAAGCAAGCCCGACGAGCUCGAGUCUCUCGACCGCGAAAUCAUGACGCUCGAGAUCGAGCGCGAGUCCCUCAAGAACGAGACCGACGUCUUCUCCGCCGAGCGCCGUGCCAAGGUCGAGGACACCCUCAAGGCGAAGCGCGAGGCCGCCGCGCAGCUCACGCAGGUGUGGCACGCGGAGCGCGCGCGCCUCGAGCGCAUCAAGGACACGAAGCAGCGGCUCGAGGACGCGAAGCGCGAGCUCGAGGUCGCGCAGCGCCAGGGGCAGUACGAGCGCGCGUCGCGCCUGCGCUUCGCGACGAUCCCCGAGCUCGAGCGGCAGCUGCCCGCGGAGGGCGCGGGCGAGCGCGGGGAGAGCGAGGACGCGGCGGGCCCGUUGGCGAUGCUGCAUGACCGGGUGACGAGCGCGGACAUCGCGCGCGUCGUGGCGAAGGCGACAGGUGCGUUCAGCGCGGGUGUGGUGAGACUGGCGCUGGAUCGGUGCGGGCGGGGCGGGGGACCGGUGUGCGAGGCUGGAGAAUUAAAUGGUAAGUAUGGGUGGGUGGUGGGCAGCCAUUUGAGUGCAGGGUGGGUCGUAGGGAGUCGUUUGGGUACAAGGUGGGUGGUCGACGGUGGUUAA